GUCAAAAUAAUGUUAUAAGCCGUCCCAAUUUUUCUUUAAGACGCUGGAAAGCCCAAAUAAUCUCUUGCGUAGAAGCUAGGGUGCAGCUCCGAGUGCAGUUUUCACCCAGACGUCAUUUCUAAAGGAUUAACACCCUUUGCACUGCUUGACACUUGUGUAUUUUUUUAAAAAUAGCCAUCUCCAGAAACGUCAACAUCGUGAGGAGACGUGCAGAAAGACCUCGAAGCGUGUUCCAGGUUCAAGUUUGUGCGAGAACACAACACAUGUGUGCAUCAGAGACCAGGUCGGACUGAUUUAUCACGUCGAAGAUUUCCAAACACGGAGUCCUUUUUGAACGCAGACUAAGUGUUUUGUUUUCUUUAUUGAAUGAGCAGUCUGGUGUUUGGCAGCUUUGGUAACCCUUAAAGGGGAGACAUGGCCCAUCGUUUGCAGGACCGUCAGCACAGGCUGCCAGUGGCUCAGGCCACUGUGUUGACUCUGCCGCCAGCCAGCCAAGCAAAGGAUAUGAGGCCUAGCUGGUCCGCUCUGGAAUCCCUGUUAUGUGGUGCAUUUGCCGGAGCUGUCGCCAAAACAGUUAUUGCACCUCUGGAUCGCACCAAAAUAAUUUUCCAAGUGUCCUCAAAGAGAUUCUCAGCUAAGGAGGCUUUCAGGGUCAUUUACUCUACAUACAUGGAGGGUGGGCUGUUCAGUCUGUGGAGGGGAAACUCUGCGACCAUGGUGAGGGUCAUGCCCUAUGCUGCCAUCCAGUUCUGCUCACAUGAACAGUACAAGACACUGCUGGGGAGCUGCUACGGCUUCCAGGGCAAAGCUCUGCCUCCUUUUCCACGUUUCCUGGCUGGGUCUCUGGCUGGUACAACCGCUGCUAUGCUUACCUAUCCACUGGACAUGGUACGAGCCAGGAUGGCAGUCACUGCCAGAGAAAUGUACAGUAACAUCAUGCACGUCUUUGUGCGGAUCUCCCAGGAGGAGGGUGUCAGGACACUUUACCGAGGCUUCACCCCCACUAUUUUAGGUGUUAUCCCAUAUGCAGGAAUUACUUUCUUUACCUACGAGACCCUCAAAAAAUUACAUUCAGAAAAGACAAAGCGAUCCCAGCCUUAUCCUUAUGAGCGCUUGGCCUUCGGUGCCUGUGCAGGCUUGAUCGGACAGUCGGCUUCGUACCCCCUGGAUGUGGUACGUCGGCGCAUGCAGACAGCCGGAGUUACCGGUUCAUCCUACAGCACGAUUCUGGGAACAAUGCGUGAGAUCGUGACUCACGAGGGAGUUAUACGUGGACUGUACAAAGGCCUGAGCAUGAACUGGGUGAAAGGGCCCGUUGCAGUGGGGAUAAGUUUCACCACAUUCGACAUUACGCACAACCUUCUGCUCAAAUUGCACCAGAUGGGCAACUUUAUCCACUGAAUUAUGUGGGAACAACAUAGGCGUAACAUAUAGCACAGAUGAGACUGGCAUAAGAGAGGUUGUCAGGUCUGUGUGAUGGCAAUAAUAUGUCUCUGGCCUCUGCAGGACUAUUGUGUUGCACACCCCUGUUCCCUUAAGACAGGAUGUCAGAAGAGUGGACAGGAGAUCUGCUGUUCACAAAGAUAGGCUUUAUCUUAGACUUUGAAAAAUGCACAGAAAAUAUUCACUUUCAAAGAAAGUGAAGAGACAAAAAAGUGCUUUGAAAUUGUUCACACAAUCUUAGCUGUGUUGUGAAAUCAUAAUAUCUUUGUGAAGGUUAAAGCAGUGAACAGCCAGGUGUGUUUUUGAUUGCAUCAGUAUGGAGAAAAUAUUUGCACUUUAUUAAACAUGCAAUGUUCUUUCAGUUUGACCCAUUGUCAAUACAGAGAACUCAAUGAGUUUGAAACCUUUAAAUUAGGAGACAAAUUUAGAUUUUAAAUAAGCGCUUUCAUUUUGUUAAUAUUAAAUAGCCUGAUUGGGUAAGGUAUUGUUUGUAAUGAAAGGGUGAGUACCCAGUGUUCUUUGUCUUACUUAUGAAAUUGUGUAACUGUGCCAAUGUGGACUGAUGGAGUGAAAGAGGGUGAUCAUGUCAGCAGGACUGCGCAGUUUCACUUUCCAUGCAGCACUGAGGUGCAGUGAAUUUAUAGUACUUAUGUCUAGUAAGUGGCCGUUAAUCAAACCUUAAACCUAAACAAAAGACAGAUUUUUGGGUUAUUUGCAUGUUCUUGACAUUUCUGCUUUUUUACUCUACUGUUGUCACAUUGCUUGUACUUGCUUGUAAAGCAUUGUUUACUCAGAAUCUAAACUUAACACACUUAACCUGGUCUUCAUUUGUUUUAAAUAAAAAUAAAUAAAACAGCAAAUGGAUAUUUCAAAGAUGGAUCAUAUCCAGUCAUGUAAAUUUAGUUCUUUUGUUUUGUUUUUUUAAAGAUUGUCUUUCCAUUAAAGGGCCCAUCCACACCACUAAGCAAUGAAUCCUUUUGUCCACUUGAGGGGGCCAUGUAACAAGCAACGCUAAUGGUGCUGUCAUCAGCAUUCAAGAACAGAUUUAAAUCACUGAUGUUCAAUCAGUUUUUUAGGCUGAAGAAAAGCCUUCACUAAUGGUUGUACAAUAAAAUGCUUUUUGAUUGUCA